AUAAAAACAACCUAUUUCGUUUCUUUUAAAUAUCGUCGUUUAAAGGGUUCUUUGAAUCAGCCCUUUUCUCACCGCCCACCAGAGAGGGGGUUUCCACAGGCUGCUGAUCAAAGUUAGCUGCGGGCUAACUUCACCGACAGGCUCCAACCAUGUCCGCCUCAGCUGGCUGCUCCCCGUCGGGCCACAGCUCCGGCCUGGGUCCCGGGAUGUCCAUGUUUCGUUGGCUGGAGGUGCUGGAGAAGGAGUUCGACAAGGCGUUUGUUGACGUGGAUCUAUUGCUCGGAGAAAUAGAUCCCGACCAGGUGGAUAUCACCUACGAAGGAAGGCAGAAAAUGACCAGUCUGAGCUCUUGUUUUGCUCAGCUCUGCCACAAAACACAGACGGUGUUCCAGCUCAACCACAAACUGGAGGCCCAGCUCGUUGACCUGCGCUCUGAGUUGACUGAAGCUAAAUCUGAGCGGACGGUGGUGGAAAAGGAGGUCCAUGACCUGCUGCUGCAGCUUCAUGCUCUGCAGUUGCAGCUUAGCGCCAAGCAGGGUCAGGCAGAAGACUCUGACAGCAUCAAAGACAGGCUGCUUGCAACAACCUUGGAAGGGAUGGAACAGGAACUCCAGGCUGGUAAGAAAGAGAAAUUAAGUGAGGCAAGACUGGAAGCAGAAGUCCGACUUUUUAAGAAAGAAAAUGAGGCCCUUCGUAGACACAUUGCCGUUCUGCAGGCUGAGGUGUAUGGAGCCAGGCUAGCUGCUAAAUAUUUGGACAAGGAACUGGCUGGCAGGUAAGAAAAUUCUGCUCACAUUCUUGAACUAAAU